AUGCUGGCUCUCAAGAUGGACGUCCGCAACAGCACCACGCCACUUAGCAUACUCGUACACACGGACCCUCACAGGGAGGCUCGCCUUGCCUCCGCGACACACCCAGUGGAGCUACCAUUGAGCGACAGCAGCUUCGAGCUACUCGAGGAAUCCGAUGCCGACUUCGAGGCUGCAUGUACAGCCGCUCUAGAGAGAUCACAGCAGGGAACGAGCAGUCUCUUGAAGGAUGCCCUCGAGGCAUCAAGAGUACAACCUGCUUCUACAAGGAUACCAUACAGUGUCCACGGUAAUCGCUCCGCUGUCCUUGCUCUCCGAGAGCCACCCUUGACAGGCCUACGAUUUCGCACAAAAGUGUACAUCACAAAGGACAAUGGCUACCACAACUACAAAGUCACUCAAGCAGUCCUGAGUAGCAGCUACGACUUCAGCAUCGUCAGUCAGCACAUCGUCGAUCAGCUUGGGUACGAAGUAGAGCCCGCUGCAGAGCCCGAGUCCUUGCAAACGGUAGACGGACGACAUCUCAGACUCGAAGCUACCGUGCUACUCAAUAUCAUGGUAGCUGGUAUCUCACUCUUCGUCCGAGCAUUCGUCAGUCCGCAGCUGGCCGUACAUCUCAUCUUGGGUAGGACCGACUUGCGGUCGUUUGGCACAAGCUACAAGCUUGCCGCUCCGGGAGCCACGACCAUCGUGACAGCUUGUACACGUUCCACGUCUCGCCCAAACGAGCGAUACGUUGUCGAAGCAGAUGUUCCAUCUCAAGCACCUGAGAUUAUUCCAGUCUCUCGAUCUGCAUACAUGCGAGCGACAAGAAGCGCACGCCGCACGAAGCAGCCUGUGACUGCCGAGCAGCUACCUCCUCACAAAAUACCCGCUCCGCCCAGACGACAGCGUCGUCAGGCUCGAUAG